AUGGCUAAGCAAGAGACUGGUAAAAAUAACAAGAGAGAUCGUAGUCCUGUUGCUGAAAUGAAAAUAUGGUAAGAGGCUGUAAGAAAGGAGAAUUAGCACCUCAAGGUGUAUGAGCACUUUACAAUCAAUCCCCACAAAUGUACAUGCAACAGUUAUUCAUUAGUAUACAUAAUCCAAGAGAAACCUAAUAAUAGUAUCAUGUUAUAGAAGCACCUUGAAAAAACAGGUGCCGUAUCCAAACCAGCAUUCGAUGUUAAUUAAAUAACCGAUGAUUCACCACCUUUGGAAAAGGACAUCAUUGAUAAAUUAAACACAAUGAAUAGAACUCCUCGUUAGAAAUAUUAAUUUCCAUAGACUUCAAAUCAAGAAUUAGGAUGGCAUUCAGUUAAUUCUCACAGUCUAUCUCCCUCUAAAUUCACUUAUCCAAGAAAACUAUGCAAAGAAACAAACUAUGCAAACGAUUACUUCACGAUGAAUAAAAUCAGUCCAUAUUCCAAUAAGUUUAAAUGA